AUGAUGAUUUGCUCAGAAAACCAAUCCGUUAACUUGCAGUCGACCGAGGCGGAAGUGAUGCAAAGCGUAUUUUCCGAAUUGCGCGAGGCAAGUUUCCACGUUCCUGAACGGACAUUGUUGCAGUUGAGUCUGUACGUCACCUCACCAUCCUCGAUUAGCCACCGACACCAGUCCGAGCUAAACGUCACCGGACCAUCCGCGAUCGGCCACCUGCAAACGUCACAGUACUUUGCCGAGGACCAAAAUAUGCUGAAGCAGACGACACCGCCACGGCGGAACAGCCGCAGAGAGCAGCAGUAA